UAAACAUGAGAAAGUCCAUUGACCUUUGACACAAAAUGGUUGCCUUUGGUUCACGUAAGACAUUCCACGCGUCAUUUUAGGAAAGGAAAUCAGAAACUUAAAUUCCUGGACAAGCAAAAUGUACAACAGAGCGACGGGGACAUCAUCAGGGUCACAGGGGACGGUUUCUGUGAACAUUCCCGCUGAAAAUGUCGACAAAACUCUCCCCGACGUAGUGCCGGAUAAGGGCUCGGCACUGUGGAAUCGAGUUCAUUUGGGGACUGAAUCUCUGUCAAUGGAAAACUUCCACCCAUUUAAGUCCCAGGCAGGACUUCUGACCAGAGCCGCAAGGGAAGUUGGGAGAGUGUUAGCAGAGAGAAGGGCCAGGAGGGUGAUGUUCAUAGCAGUGCUGAAUGUGCUGUGUACCCUGGUGUUGUUUGUGUGGUGUAGGACCACAGGGAGUAUGGCUCUGCUGGCAUAUACUUACCUCACUGUGUUUGACAUCCUGUGCCUGGUCACAUGUUUGAUCAGCAUCUGGGUUUCAAUACAGAAGCCAACUCCUGCAUUCUCAUUUGGAUAUGAAAGAUUUGAGGUCCUUGCAGUGUUUACCAGCACAACGUUGGCCCAGCUGGGGCAACUGUUUGUGGUUAAAGAAAGUAUUGAAAGGCUGCUGCACCAUCAUGAUGUCCACACGGGUAGACUGUUGGUCGGCACGGCCUUUGGCUUUGCUGUCCACUUUGUGUCUACCUACUUUGUCACCAACAAGGCAUUCCAGCAUGUGUCUGAGGCCUCUAGCUCCAGUUGGCUACAGGAGCAUGUUGCAGACAUAAGUAGAAGUCUGUGCAGCGUUAUUCCAGGACUGAGUACCUUGUUACUACCCAGGAUCAACCCCCUGCCUCUCAUUGCUGUUGCAGGGGCCCUGGCCCUCUUCAUCACAGACAUGCUCAUAGAGAUCAACAAUUAUUUCCGUGCAGAUACAUUUGCAGCCAUCUCCAUAGCCAUCAUGACCGUCGGCACCAUGUUCCCCAUGUCUGUGUACAGUGGCAGGAUUCUCCUACAGACGACUCCAUCUCAUAUAAUAGGACAGUUGGACAAAUGUCUGAGAGAGGCAUCAACUCUGGAUGGGGUGCUGGAAUUCAGAAAUGAACAUUUCUGGACUGUCUCAUUUGGAACUUUGGCUGGCUCACUUCAUGUUAGGAUCAGAAGAGAUGCAAAUGAGCAGAUGGUUUUGGCACAUGUAACCAAUCGCCUGUCCAACCUGGUGACUGUACUGACCAUCCACAUCUUCAAGGACGACUGGACAAGAGCAUCCCUGUCUUCCUCCAGCUACGCCCCCCGCCAGCCAUACACUAGCACACCUGCCAAACCUGGACUGGACUCCUCUGUCCCGGCCAUCAACCCUUUCCAGUCCCUCCCUCCCCUCGCCCCUAACCUGUCCACCAUCACCCCCAUAGGUUCCCCUGCAGGCCCCUCCCUGCACCAGCCUGGCACCAGGCUGUACGGUACUGGCACCACUGCACCCAGUCACAUGACCCUGGGGCCUGCCGCUAAUACUGGGGGCAGGAUACCACUCAGGACCUAUCAGCCUACUGAUCUAUUUGGUGCUAGCGGUGGGGCUGGACAAAAGUCAACAACAGAACAUGGUCACAGUCACAGUCAUAGAUGAAAAGGCCCUGGAUAUAUGUAUAUUUCAUCAUGUUUAUACUGUAUGUACAUUGUAUGUAGGAUUCUGCGCAGUUCUUAAAGCUAAGGAUAGAAAAAAAACAUGUUGUUGUGACUGUGUCAACAUACACCUAAGAUGGUUUAAGUGAAUGCAGUUCAGCAGUAGCAACUACCUAACCAUGUCAUAGUGUUGGUUACAGGUAAUAGGCCAAUUCAGCAUGUGGAAGCAUCAUAAUGGUAUUCUUACCAUCCUUAGUAAAUAUAUGAUAUACAGGCCAGUUGUGUUUACUAAGUGUAUGUUACAUGUAUGUUACCUGUUAAUGUAUUGAACCUGUAAGAACUUGAAAGACCUUUCAAAGUUUCCUAUCUUAGACAGUGAUAGAACCAUCUACCAACUAAAAGUGAAUCAUAAUAAUCACUAUUUAUUGUACUACUAUAUACAACACAGGGAAAUGUCAUUGAAUUUUCUACAGUAACAUUUGCUAGGAUCACAUGACAACAUUAUGCAUUUAUCAAGCAGGUACUGUACCCUACUAACAUUAAUUCAUUUACUUCCAAAAUAAAAAUGAGGUUUCCUUCAAGUCA